GAGAACACACGCUUUCAACAUUUCAUUUUCGAAAACAUUUUUAUUUACUUUUUUAAUUUUUAAUCUGGAGUGUCAUAUAUUUAUUAAGGUCACCUUUAGACUUUUAUUAAAAUCGCUAGUGUCUUGUUUUUGAUCUUAGUUUUUCAUCUCCACUUCAGUAACAUUGGAAGGAGUUAACAAGUGUCAACACAGGCUCUUGACAUGAUAUUAUACGAUUUACAGAUAGAAGCCGGUGGGGGUGAAGGCCCGGGGCCCCCAAGCAACAACAACUCAGAUGGGGCAAUCGCCAGUCCUCCGAGAGAUGACAAUCACAAUGCGCAGCUGCCCUCGCCUAGAGCCACACCGCUUACACCUUCAGAAGCGUUGAAGGCAUUUGGCGAGCGCCUGACUGAUUGGGAGAGGAACGAGAUACGCAAAUAUCCAGAAGUAUGGUUUCUUGGACUUGAGUCGAAUAAGAUCCAUGCGCGAUCAAAUCUGCCAAACAAUUGUGGAUUUGAUGAUGAUAAUGGCAGUUAUACCAAGCAAAUUCACGAUCACAUAGCAUACCGAUAUGAAAUCCUGGAGGUGAUUGGAAAGGGAUCUUUUGGGCAGGUGAUAAGAGCGUUUGACCACCGCUCAGGGUCACAAGUGGCAAUUAAGAUUAUCAGGAAUAAGAAACGGUUUCAUCACCAGGCCCUUGUUGAGGUUCGAGUCCUGGAUCACCUACGACUUAAGGACAAGGAUCAAGCUCACAACGUUAUACAUAUGCUGGAUUACUUCUACUUCAGAAAUCAUUUGUGUAUCAGCUUUGAGCUUAUGAGUAUAAACCUGUAUGAGCUGAUUAAGAAGAACAAUUACCAGGGCUUUAGUCUCAGUUUGAUCAGAAGAUUUGCCAGCUCACUACUCCGCUGCUUGAGGCUACUGGAAGCUGAAAACAUUAUACAUUGCGACCUUAAACCAGAGAACAUACUCCUGAAAGCGCGUGGCAGUUCCUCAAUCAAAGUGAUUGACUUUGGUAGCUCGUGCUACACACAUGCGAGAGUCUACACAUAUAUUCAGUCCAGGUUCUACCGCAGCCCUGAAGUCAUACUGGGACUUCAGUACGGAGCACCCAUUGAUAUGUGGAGUAUGGGAUGUAUCCUUGCGGAGCUUCAUACUGGAUAUCCCCUCUUCCCGGGAGAAAACGAAACGGAGCAACUAGCUUGUAUCAUGGAGCUGCUGGGUCCACCGCCACCGGACCUCCUAUUACACGCUACAAGGAAGAGAUUAUUUUUUGAUUCCAAAGGAUCACCACGCAGUGUGACUAACUCAAAGGGUCGGAAACGUCGACCUGGGUCCAGGGCUCUGUCAACAGCUGUGAGGAGUGAUGACUCAGCAUUCUUGCAUCUGCUCCAUCGAUGUUUAGAAUGGGAUCCAAAACGACGUAUCACCCCAACCGAAGCCUCCCGACACGAAUUUGUUACUGGAUGUCCUCUGGGUGCUUCUUCGACCCUUCUUGCGUUACCACGGCUACCACCGCCAAGACCUGCUAGGAGUGCCCUUCUCCACUCCCAGUCAGCAGGGGACGUAGCAGCCAUGCUUGGACGGGCGUGACCAGGGGAUAGAAUGGCUUCCAGCGGCCUGCCGUAGACACGCAACAAUUAAAAUAAGGGCAAAUGAACAAGCUUUUUUGUCCCGCAACAUUUAUUUAGUAAGAACAUGUUAUUCUUCCAUCUGAUACAAGAAUACAACGGUUGGGUAUUAGAUAAACUUCUUCAUUUAUUGAUGUUAUAAUUACUAGACAGUCGUGCAUUUAUAAUUUAUAUCUUUACGAUGAAUGUAUGGAUAUAAUUCCGUUUCAAGAGUUCAUUAAAACUAGAAUUACAGAGAGUCAUGCUUCGAGACGAAUGUUUAUUAGACAUUACAUUUGACCGCCGCUAUUUUAUUACUCGUAGCAAUUGCUGACUCAGUAAGACUAUAUUCCGUUACUAAAUGGACAGAAUCGUAAACAUCGUUAAGUCCUGCAUAGUAAAAUCCUUGGGAAUAAAAAUUAACGGUUAAAUUAGGACUUCUAAACAUUACAAUGUAGCUCCUUAGUCAAAACAUUUAAACUGUGAGUUAUUUGUGAUAGAAGUUUGUAGGAUAAGUGUAACGUGGCCUAUAUGUUGAGAGAUGACUGUCUAUAGAGUUUUGUAUCAAUGAUAGCAUAUCCCUAGAUGUUUAACGUUUAUACCUUCGUCAUCAUAGAUAUAGUUGAUAGAUUUUGUUUUAAGAGUACAAGAAUGGCAUUUAGAACGUAUAGUCUCGCAAAAUCGUGUUGCAUUUUUAAAUUGCAAUUAUUAUAUUUUCUUAAAAUGACAACACGUAUGAAAAUAGACCUUAAUUCGAAAUCAAUUUUCGAGUUCAAUUGCUGUUUUAGAAUUAAAUUAUAAUACACAACUUCAGAAUUGUAGUAGCUAAAACGUUUCUAAAUUAUCAUUAAUAAAAAUCAGUUAAAGAUACAAAAUUUCAAUAUUUUAAUUCUCUCGCUAUCUUAAGAAGUGUUAUUUCGUUUUUAGAUUGUAAAAUGCCAAGAGACUGUAACUGAAAAGUGUUGUAACCAUGUUGUAAGUGUUACAUUCAAUCCUUACGCUAACAUCAGAUUAAUAUCAGCUAAGUGAUUUUAUUAUACAAAUAAUUAAGGUGAUUCUGUUACUAAAGUCGAAUGGGCUCCAAACGAUUUUAUAACGCUAGGUACGCGCGUAAAGUAAAUACGCAAUUAAACAACAAGUACGACAGAAUACGGGGGCUUAAUUUAAUAUAUUCACCUUCAAUUUAAAAGAUUUCGUGUGCGUUGAAAACUAUUAUGUGUACCAAAUAAUUAUAGUAAUUAUAGUAGUUAGAUUUUAUUUAUCUCGAAAUUUUUAACCAGGAAUGGGGCCCAAGCGCCACGCUUUUAACCACUAACCAUAGCGGUGGUUGUAAUCGUCAACAGACCUUAUGAAAUGACGUAAGAAAGAUCAGGAUUAUCGGUCAUCUACAGGGCAGUCCAUCAGUUCCGCGCUAGUUAAAGUCCGAGCCAUUGCAAAACCUCGUCUUGUAUUACGUAAAAGUUUAAUGCUAGAUUAAUCGAAUUAUGGGUCUUCCUAUGAUUACGAUGAUAUAUUAUUAUAAAUUGCCGUCUGUACCAGCUUGUUCAAAAAAAAUAGUGUUUUACUUUUGGUGACUACGAACUGAUCAAAAAAUUAAACAAUUGUUAUUGCAUGGACGCAGCCACUUCAAACAUGUGUAAUUUUUUUUAAAAGAAAAGUUUCUAGCAAAGUAUUAUUACUAAACUAGUGUUUAGUUAUAGGUUUUUGUUAUUCCUUGAAUAAUUUAAAGUAACAGUUUUAAUUUGUAGAUUAUGUGCCAAAUGGAGACUGAUUUUAUUUAGUUAUAUUAAAUAGUAUCAUCAUAUUAAAAUAUUACUUUGUGCUAGUCUUACGACUCUAAUAUAAACAAGACGUAUUAUUUGAGUAAUUAAAUCAAUAUCUGAAAAUCUAUUUACGUUUUAAAAUCUUAAACAAACAUUAAAUGUUGUGUUAAUUUUCUCUUUAGAAUAUAGAUUGAAACAAAUAUUUGAAGUAUACGAUUAAAAGAAACCCCAAAAAUGUUAAAAAUACAUUUUGGUUCUAGUCAGGAUCAUUAGUGGUAUCGAAGAUUAAUUUCACUAAAAUCGUAAGUGAUAAAUUAGAUUAUUUUACUUGUAAGCCCCAUAGAGGUAGAAAAGUAGAGUUUUGUAAAUUAAAGAUAUGUUGAAUAUACGUAGAAUAAGUAUAGAAUUUCAUAUCUACCCGAGUCGAUACAACUGUGUAAAGAUUUUCAAAAAACUAUGGAAAACUUGUUGCGAAUGUCUGGGCACAUGCAUAGAGAAUAGAACGACCGCUGGGUUAAGAUGUCAAAAAUGACGUGAGUUAGACAAAGCAUGGAUGACUCACUCCGCUAGCUUUGGGUCACAAAAUGUAUAUUGCCCGAAUGGAAGAGUCAAAUAUAAAUAUUCUACGCCUAUGUUCUUGUUUUUGUCUUUGAUGUCCUUUUAUAUUCUGUCCAUCAAAAUUAGUAGGCCUUUCACAGUUAGUACUCUUUGACUAGAAAAAUAAGUUUUCCUUUAAUUGUAAAUAUUUGAUAGUAAUGGAUCGUUAGAAUAUUUGUGUUUCCAUUUUUCAUUGAUGAGGAAAUCUGUGUAUAUAAUCUCUUUUGUCUUAAAAACAAAAACGGGUCUAGAUUUAGACUAUAUAUUUAAUAUGUGUUAUAUAGCAUAUAGAUUAUAAAUUGAGUGUUGAGUUGGUGUUUAAUAUGGAGUACACGACAUACAAUAAUAUAAU